CAGCCUUGUGCGUUAUGUAAGCCCAGACACGUCGAUCAGGGCAUCAGGCCCUCUCCUGCGCUGAGGCCUCCACAGCGGCCGCACGGGCGCGACAAAUAUAGCCUCCCCCAGACUCUUUCCAUCGCCGCCUGUCCAGCGCUUAUCAAGUUUCAUCCUCAGUCUGUCUUCUGGGCCAUUCUUGCACGUUAUGGAACAAAGGAUUUGGAAUGCACGCUCUGUUAAGGCCCUUCUUGCCUGGACAUACGCCGAUACGCGCCAUUGGAUUUGCUCGGACUCCAAACCCUCCGUCCGACCAAAUCGCCCCCAACUUUGCCAAAAUGCCCCUACAUGAGAGACUCGCCAAAUUGUGGCUGAUGUUGUUGAUGGGCGUGCUCUGCGUAUUUGCCUCCCAUGUCUGGACGCUGCAGAUAGUACUAUUUGCAGACUUUAGGGCUUCUGCCUGUCAAUAUAUAGCGUCAGUUGUGGCAUUCUCACAUUCUUUGCUCUCGCCAAAAGGAGCGGAGAACAACUUUGCGACUGUCCCAACGACGUGGAAAUGGAAGAAAUCUCCAGCGGCCACUCCAGCACGCGAAGUAGACUGACAUCUCACUCAACAUCUUCAGAGAAUUCCCCCAACAGCCUGUCAUGGUGGACCCGGAUGAGCUUGGACAACUGGUUAUGGGAGCUGUCAGCAGCCCUGCUAUGUAUCUGCAUCCUCGCAGCCAUUGCAGCCAUUCUAUUUGUAUACGACAAUCGUCCUGUUCCAGAUCUACCAGAUGGAUUGACAAUUAACGCAAUCGUUUCCCUUCUUGCAGGCUUCGCAAAGGCCGCCCUGCUAGCAGUAUUGGCAUCUGCCAUACGUCAGGAGAAGUGGCUGUGGUUUAUUGGAAAACCCCGACCGCUCAAUACUGUCGACGCCUUCGAAGAGGCCAGCCGCGGCCCUUACGGUUCAAUCCUCCUCAUCCUGAGUCGCCGCGGUAGUCUUCGAGCACUAGUCGCCGCCUUGGUCACCGUCCUGGCUCUCGGGUUCGAGCCUUUUCUUCAGCAGGUUUUGAACACCGUAGUCCGCGACAGCGCUGUCCCCUCGCAACCUGCGUCGAUUCGUACUCCAACUUCAUACAAUGAAUCAGUCAGUGGAAACCUGGGUGGUUCAGGCCUGUCACUUAACGCUUUGAUCGGAGCAUUUGGGGGGGCAGCAGGUGCAAUCCCGAAUCCCAUUUGCCCAAGUGGAAAUUGCACAUGGCCGGCGUACAACACCCUUGCAAUGUGCACCAUGUGCACCGACAUGACCGACAAGGUCAAACUCGGAGGAGACGUCUACAACAUCAACUUGACCUCCCACUUUGAGAAGCUCUCUCAAAGCAAUCAGACGUCGUCCUCCACCACCUGGACACCAACCUAUUCUUUCCCACACGGCAAUCCGGUCAACGUCUCCGUGAAUCUUGAUUUGUCAUUGCCGAGUGCCGUAGAGUGGUUUGUAACCUACCCUCGCCGGGUGGUAUGGCCCUUGAAUAUCGACCCUGCCCCGGACAGCCACUGGGGUAAAAGCUGGGACAACAAAUCAUAUGCUGGUAUCUCCUCUCCUCUGUUCGCGAUGGGUUAUCUCGAUAUCAACACCACCUCCUCUUUCGACCAACUGGUAGUGCAAGCCGCCACGGAAUGCGCCUUUACACCCUGUGUGCGGACCAUGGACACCGUCGUUCGCUCCGGCUCGACCAUCUCCCACCCGACAGCCACAGACUACGGCACCAUCAUCAUUAGCCAGAAUCAACCCGAUGGUCGCAUUCUGACAGGUUGGAAUGCAGAUGUGAAUGGCACGACUUAUUUUGCCUAUGAUGCAGGCAAUGACGAUUCUCAAGGUCGAGCGUACUUGCUCAUCCAAGCCCUCCGGAUGGCGCUCGAAGGAAAUACCACUUACAGUUACGGCGGAUACUGGUACUCAGACCCUGCCGAGCAAGGAGACAUCUUCAAUUUCUCCUCGACUAGCUUCGACCAAGUCUCCGGGCCAUGGAGCUCCGCAGGUCAGCAGGCAAUCGACGGCAACGGAAAUUUCAGCGACGUCGUGAACAGUGUCGGGCGGGCACUGACGGGUCGUUUCCAGCAGCUGCAAGACACCGUGGCCACCGGCACAACUCUUCACAGCGAGGCGGUGAUUGUAGUGCGCUGGGAAUGGAUCAGCUAUCCCUUGGCCCUCGUCGUGCUCGGGCUGGCGGGGCUGUUCCUGACCAUGUUCUCCACGCACCGCAACCACAUGGCGGUCUGGAAGGAGUCGACCCUUCCUCUGCUCUUUCGCUACACAGCACCAGUCGAGCUACAACAAGCCCACAGUACUCCGGGAGGACUGGCCCGGCCUGAUACGACAUUCUCGUUUUCAAACGCCAUCCCCAGUCCCGAUUCGAACAAGGUCAGCUCGAUCGUCACCCAGGCCUCGGAGGAACAAGUGCAGCUGCGCCGCCGGGAUUCCUUCUGGGUUUUGGACUCGGAUCCCAAACCACCGGGGCCAAGCAGCAAGGACAAUCUGUCGCACCAGCCGAUCUGGCAUCGAGUAUAGGAGAUGGUAAGAAUCGCCAGGGCGAACAAGCCCAGUGUUUUUUUUUCUCCUCCAUAUUUCAUCUCGUCAUUCAUUAUGUCGGCAUUGCAGUUUUAUCUUUUCUGUGACACUUUAUUUCUUACCUCUAACUUCCUCUCCUUUGUUCUCCCCUCGUCGUACCUGUCCUUGGCCUAUCAUCUCGCCCUCGACGCCGAAAACCACGUUUGAACCAAAUUAAGCGUGCCUGAGUUCUGCUCUUCUGUAUCAUGCUGGAUCUCGUAUCCAGCCUCCCCUUCUGAACCCUGGGCCUGUACAUGGUCGUGGGAUUAUGAGCUUCAUACUCCCUACAUACGGACAUGCAUCACCCUCCCUACACGUGCGCAGCCAGGGGCAGGCAGAGACGACUCGCCAACAACGGAAGUAGUGAUCAUUCCUCGCCUCUAUGUAAUGAUAAGACGUGACAUGGCACGGCAUUGAACAUAGAUUAGGAAUUGGGUUUGCUGUUUUUGAAAUGUGGCCUUUUCUAUGUCUAUCGCUC